GUCUGAUAAUCACAACACCAAGUCAAAAGUCGCGAUACUAAGACUUGACCGAUCAGACCAACUCUUGAAUGUAGUUAGGACAGUAGGUUUCAUGGAGGCGAGGCUGCUGAUCUGUUAUGCACAAGACCUAAAGCAAUAUACGACGACACCAUCGCAAGACUAUUCAAGUUACCAGAUUUCACCAUACAACCUCUUUACAGAGGACCAGAGACCAGAGAACAGAGAAGGCCGGGAAACCACUAGCUGAUCCCUGUCGCGAGUCAGAUAUAGCUCUUCCCCGCUCACCUAGAGGCGGGAGAGACGCGAUGCAUGCUAGCAGCCCUCUUUGUGUUAAUGAGGGUGUGAUCACGGUCGCAUCGAGAGAGGCUGAUGUGCGACCCCUUGAAAGCGCCUGUCGAAGCAGAGGAACACGGGGGACAAGAGGUGACUCUGUCUGUAGUGGUAGUGGUUUGAUUAGAAGCAGGUCAGAGUGGGAUGAUGACAUCGUCUUAUCUCCACCAGUUCAUCACCAACAUCACAUCUACCCAUUAUAAUUUACAGAGUCACUGAGUGUAGAAGAGAAGUAAAUACGGAUAGACGACACAUGCAAUGCAGCAUUCAUGAUUCAUCGCCACUGAAAGGACCCCUAUUGCAGAGCGAUCAUCCCCCUCCUCAAACAGCAUCGCUUCAUCAUUCACUCAUUCUUCUCUCACCGACUGUCGGAGCUAAAGUUCCCAAGGCUGCGUCGCAUCGAGAUCGUGAUGGAGGGGAGCGAAUUUGGGGGUCAUCACCCUCUCUCUGCCUGUGCCUCUAAAACAAACGCCACUUUAUCUGUGGGGAAACGCGUGAGCUUUGAAUGGAGUUUUUUUUGGUGCUAGGCAUGGGUGUUACAAGACCUUGGAAGAUAAUUAAUAUCUCUUGUGUAGGUCUUGUGUGUGUGUGUCAUUAUGGUAUUCUUAUUACUAGCAACUCUCCCGUUUCUCCUUGGUCUUCCUGCUUUUUACUUUUUCAUCGUCUGUUUAAUUCAAGUCCGUGAUAAUCUUGAGCUCGUUGAUCCAAAUCCUCCUCCUCCUCCUCCUCCAACGUCACCUAAUAAUAAUAUCUACUGUGACGAGACGGCUUGAAACUAAAUCGUCAAGGCAAUGCCGCCACAUUCACAUUCUCCUCUACUUCCCAUCUCCACGCCCACAGCCAUCGCAUCGCCUUAUGGGCAACAACCUCCUCCAGCUCCCACGGCAGCGAACCAUGUCCAGCGCUUCGCCAUCACGGCUUUCUCUCUCGCCCGUUUCGCCCGCGGUGUCUCGCUCAUAGCAUACCCGCGCUUUGGCCUCUGGGCCCUCGACAUCGCACCCGAUGGUUCAGCGUAUAUGCUCGCCAGUCUGAUCGGCAUCCGCGAUAUUCUCCUCGCGGGACUUUUGUACACGAGCGAUACUACAAAUGCUGCGACCGACUCUGCUGCUCGUCGCGAAGUGACCCGUGCGCUUGCGACGAAUCUGUUCAGCGAUGCGCUCGAUGCGUUUGUGCUAAUCUUCUACGCUGCGUGGUCUGACGAUUGGGGGAAUCCGAUUGCGGUUAUUGUCAUCUCUGCUGUCAUGGCGAUCUUUGAGCAUUUGACGCUGUGGAGCUUGAGUGAGGAUGAUUGGGCUGCGCAUGAGUAUGGGAGUCUGGGCGAUGAUAAGAAGGCGAGGAUGAAUGCUUGGCUCCGAGAGUUGGAGCGAUAUGGUCCUGAGGAGUAUCGACCUGAACAGUCCGUUGGGCCGUCUUCGCGAGCAUCGUUCAGACAGUACGGGGCUAUUGUUUAGUUGCUGAUGAGCUAUGGGUUUGAUGAAAAGUUACGUCUGUUGUGUUUCUUUGUUCUGCAUGGCGUUCGUGGUAUGCUUCCAUCUGGGGUCAUUUCGAAGAUGGUUGAUCGUUUGGAGUUGGGAGGGCAUGUUGCACGAUGAUGGAUCAUGGCGAUGUUUUUAUGCGAUGCAUCUGGUUAUGCAGUUUAUACCUUCAAUACCAUUGCUUUUGAGUUUGACAUUUGCUAUAAGCGUUAGGGGCGAUGUGGUGUACCUGGUCUGUGUUUUCGUAUGCUCUAUAUAGACUCAUCGUAUUGAGCUUCAAUAUAAACGAGGACAGGACUCUUACUAUAGUUGUCAAGCUUGUCAGUCUCACUAUUCCCGAAAUCUUUGUCCUCUUUCUAGAGCUCGGCAGAUAAGAAAUGGCGCUACAAUCCAUAAAUCUCAUAGGAACAAUCCCAUGGCAUAAACUCAA